GAAAACAGAGUCACCAUAUUCAACUUGCUCCUGCAUCGUUAUUUUCAUGUUUUGUGAUAUCUCUGAGGGUGCUACAACGUCGUGCAAAACAUUGCAGGCACAAGGCGUUCUGAACCUUGGGUUCUGCAUGCAAAAACACUCUGAUGGGACAGUGACCCUGCCAAUCAUACCAUCCUGCCUACCCCAGCUUGAUCUCCAAAGUCUCCAAAACAGUGGCCACUGGCAGCACAUGGGAAACUGUGAGGAUCCAGGAAUCCCCACCCAGUUGAUUACUUUAAAAUGGUGGAAGCCCUUGACGACAAUGUCCACGCUGAAACGGGUUAUUGGAAGACGAUAUGCAUCACAGUUGCCAGCGCCAUGGAGACUUGGUGCUCUUAGGGGAAAACACUUUUUCUCAGCCAGUAUGGAAGAAAACAGGUGCAGAUUUGUGGUCAAAGAGCUGGGUGAAGAACGUUUGGCAAAGAUAGGUCGAAUCUCCAAGAAUGGAUUCAGAACUCCGGUAGUGACCAUGCUAGUUGGGGACAGCUGGGUGACACAUGUAGACAACAAUAUCAGGUAUGAGUUUGAUGUGACCAGGUGCAUGUUCUCUGCUGGCAACAUCACAGAGAAGCUCAGGGUCGCCUCAUUCAACUGCAGUGGGGAGACUGUGGUGGAUUUAUAUACAGGUAUUGACUACUUCACUAUCCCAUACUUGGUGCAUGCGGGGGCUGCUGUGGAAGCCCUGCAGAGAAACUUGGAGUUAAAUGGAGUGUCACAUCGCUGCACCGCCCACCAUGGAGACAACCGGCAACACCCUUUGUGUGACCUGGCUGACCGGGUGAAUUUGGGCCUCAUACCCAGCUCUGCGGAUGGCUAGCCUGUUGCCUGUCGACUGCUGAGGAAAAGGACAGGUGGCAUGUUGCAUAUUCACCAGAAUGUUACCUCACCAUCACAUCAUAUUACAGACUGUGACACUUCCUCUGUUCCUGUCAUGGAGAGAGUAGACAUUUCUGGAGGAGACCAAGAGGAGGUGUCUCCUAAGUGGAGUGACAGAGAGGUUUGGGGUGCCUGGACAAAGGAAACAGCCAUCCACAUUGCCUCUCUGCUGCAGGACAUCACUGGGGGACCAUGGAGGACUGACAUCCAGCACAUUGAGCAUGUCAAGUCAUACGCACCUCACAUCCACCAUAUAGUACUAGUCUUAGAAUGCAGGCCACUCUGAGGAGACAAUAGUCAGGACUUGACUGUAGCAUGACUCUUAUUUGUGUAGUCCUACCAGUGGCGGACUGGGACAAAAAACUGUCCCUUUCUAACACACCGGCCCAUUUUUUCCCCUUGAGGCCCCCAUUAUUAGCCAGAUGAUAAUUUUGCGCUAAAAACCCAAAUUAGACAGGCCCACUAGGCUAAAAAUGGACCAGCCCCUGAGCCGUACUCUGCCAUUUGUGGAUACUAAUAAAUAGUUGCACACUAAUAUAAAUGAAUCAUAAUUGAGUUUUUUAAAGAAAAACAUGGUUUAUAGGUUUAUUCAAUCUGAAAAUUAAACUGUGGUUUACCGGU